AUGAGAAAUUGCCACAUAAGGCACUUUUAUUGGUCCUUAUGGAGGCGUGGGUACGGCAACCAAGAAACACAUAACUUGUGUUAAUGGAUUGCUUGUUGUGAUUUUUGGAGAGAAAACCCCGUGAUUAGCUAGUGUUUUGGCCAAUUUGUGGAAGUCGGAGUUACUGUUCACGUCGGGGUCACUGUUCACAGGUUACUGUUCACACCCCGAGGGCCAACAUUUAACGGGAAUUUAAGUGAUUAGUUUGUGAUAUAAGAAUGAAUUUGGAGAUGUCCGAUCAUGUGGAAAGUGAUAGAAAUAGCACUGUGAUUAGGAAUGAUCCUAAUGAUGAUUUCAGCUUGAAUUUGUGAUAGUCCGAUAUUAAUUCUGAGGUGUUUUGAUUAGGUUCCCGAUCGUUCUGUCAGUUAGUGCGUGAAUUGAGUGCUCGGUUUUAUGCAAGUGAGGAAGUGAAACCGAGGACGGGGAAACCACGGGAAGUGACGAGUUAGAAGGCUAGCCACCUUGUGAACUUGAUAUAGAUUUUAGAUAGAAAUCAUGAUCUUGUAUUUGGAGAUUUUAUGAUAUCAGAGAGAUUUUAUAAUUUGAUCUGCAGAUUUUGAUGGUAUCAGAGUGUGAUAUGAUAAGUUCCGAGCCUUGUGCAUUUGUGGGACCCGUCUCACGAGUGCACGGCGUCUGUUGCGCCUCGGAUUUGGGUUAUGGGGCUUUCAAGAUCUCAGUGCUCAUCGUACAAAACCUGAAGGAUCAGAUUUGCAAUCUUACCAUUGAAGAAAUCGCAAAAGAGGCCAAAAACUUGACACGGCAUUGGCUUGAGGCGAUUGACCCACGACAUCGAUAUGGACAUAAUUUACACUUUAAUUAUGACAAAUGGCUUAAUUCUCAGAGUGAAGAACCCUUCUUCUACUGGUUGGAUAUUGGGGAAGGGAAAGAAGUGAAUCUUGAAGCAUGUCCUAGAUUGAAACUUCAACAACAGUGCAUCAAGUACCUUGGUCCGAUGGAGAGGAUAGCCUAUGAAGUCAUUGUGUUGGAUGGAAAGUUCUUAUUCAAGCAAACAGGGGAGCUCCUUCACACCACAGGCAAUGCUAAGUGGAUAUUUGUUCUUAGCACAUCAAAGACCCUGUAUGUUGGCCAGAAGAAGAAAGGCACAUUUCAACACUCGAGCUUCCUGGCUGGGGCAGCCACAAUUGCUGCUGGGAGAUUAGUUGUUGAAGAUGGAGCAGUUUGGCCUCACAGUGGUCACAAUCGACCUACACCAGAAAAUUUCAAGGACUUCAUUUCAUUUCUUGAAGAGAAAAAAUUGGAUCUCACCAAUGUUAAGAUGACUGCAGCUGAUGAGGAAGAAGACUCAAUUGGAAACCAAAGAAGCAGCAAACAUCUGAGAUGCAGCUCAUCUGAGGAGGACUUGGAUCAAACAUUGAAAAGCUUAGAUACUGAAGAGAUCACUGUCAAAGACCUGGUCCAAAGGGAAACUGAUUCAGUAGAAGAAACUACUGUAGCACUUGAACAUCCCAAAUCAAGAAGUUUACGCAACCUUAGUGGAGAUUUGACUUAUCUUGAGAUACCAAAAUGGGCUAAAUUGAUGAACUCCAAGGAGGUAAAUUCAUAUCAAUUGGGGAAACAACUGUCUUGCAAAUGGACAACAGGAGCAGGACCACGAAUUGGCUGUGUGAGGGAUUAUCCCUUGGAGCUCCAGUCCCGGGCCUUGGAGCAAGUGAACUUGUCUCCCAGAAGUGCAAGCCACUUAAAACCAUACUACUCUCCCCGCUCUCCUAGCUGCUUGAGUCCUAAGGUAUCUUCUCCAUUAUGUUGUGGUGAGGAAAUGACAGGCUCACCUAUGCUCAAGAAAGGGAGUUUAUUGCAAAGAAGCAUUCCUUACAGAACGCAGUCCUCCCCACUGUUGAAAGAAGCACUAGUAGGUGCAAUCAAUGGUGUAUCAUAACUAACAACACAUUCCAGAUUAGUUCAUUCUUUUCUGUGAAUAGAAAAGAUGAUAUAGGAAUUCUUUUCAUUCUUUCCAACCAGGAUCAUGUGUACGCCUCUUUUUCGCCUUUGUUCAUUUUGUACCAUAUCAGAUGAGAUAUGUAGGAUUUUGGGUUUAAAUGCCCUUUGAUACAAAAGGAAAUGUUCAUUUUUCCACAGGUAGCAUAUGAUCUUAUUACUCAUCAAAUGUAUUCAUAAAAACAGAAAUCAAUGAAAGGCAAGGAUAUUU